AUGGCUGUGGACUUGCUUCUAUACCAGUUUCGGAAAAGAUGGUGGCCCCAGUGUUCACCUCAAAUCAACAUGUUCAACCUGAUCAGCAACUGCUGCACCUGGGUGUCCAAAAUACAGGAGCCCAUCAGAAAGUUGACAAUUCUUGUGGUGGGUCUUGACAAAGCAGGAAAAACAUCUUCUAUUAAGGGGAUGUUGCGAGCAGAGGCUCAUGGGGGAGAAGCUGGACCCACACAGGGCUGUGUGCGACACGAGCUCAGAGUGGAGAACUACCUGGUCACACUGCUGGACACUGGAGGAGCCGCGGAGUGCAGGUGCAAGUGGAAGGAGCUCUACGGUGAAGCUCAUGGAGUCAUCUUUGUGGUGGACUCCUGUGACCGACAGAGGAUGAAUGAGGUCAAAGAAGUGUUGGGAGAACUGCUGAAGCACCCCAGGGUGGCAGGGAAGCCACUACUAGUGCUGGCAAACAAGCAGGAUAAAAUGAACUCUUUUCUUGGUAGUGAAUUAAUUGAGAUUUUGUCUCUGGAGAAGUUGGUUAACCAAAGUCGUUCACUAUGCCAUAUUGAACCUUGUUCAGCCUUAAUGGACCUGCGACGCUGGUCAGAUAGAAAGACUUUGAGAGGCCUUCGCUGGUUACUGCGGGCAGUUUGUCUGGACUAUCCAGAUCUUUGUGCCCGAGUGAUUCAUGACAGCAAGCAGCCCCUGGAGUCUCAACAAAAAGACAAAACAGGGAAGAAGAAAUCCAAAUCAGACAGGAUGGAGUCCAGCAAGUCCAGUCUUCGCCAGGUCCACCGUCCAAAGGAAAGAGAGAAAAAAACAACUAGUGAAGGAAAACUUCAACCCAUUCGAAACAUGUUGCAAAAGGAAACUUCACUGAAAAAGAAACUGACAAAGAAGAAGAAAAAGAAGCAGCUGCCAAAGGGCAGAGAAAAUGAAAAAGAUGAGGAGAUAGUAAAUGAUGAGGAAGAAGAAGAGACAACAGAGAUCCGUGUGAAAGCAAACAGUGUCCUCAUCCCAUCUCAGAACAAACCCAAGGCCAAAACAAAGAGCAGGGAGCCAUUAGUGGACGCAUCAGAGACACCCACACAUGGAAAUAACAAGACACACAGAGUCAAAGCUGAAAAUAAGAAAAAGAAGAAAGGUGUUAAAGUGAAAAAGAAAAACAAGAUCAACACAGAGAGUCUUGAUCCAUCUUAUACACAGCCUGUGGAUCUAUCCUCAACCUUCGAUCUCUACCGAAAAGCCAUAAUGGCUCUCAAGGAACGUCAAGAACAGGUGCAAGGAUAA